AGAGCUGUCAGAAAAAAAUAACAAUACCAAUCAGUUCCACAUGGUUAUAUGACAUCUGUUAAUUACAAGUUAAUUGACAUAAAUAUUAAACAGUUAAUUUUAAGUUAUUAAUUAAUAAUUGUACUUUAUUAAUAUUAAGUUUUGAUAGUGGUAUUGUGUUAAUUUUGUAUUUAUUUUUGUUACUUUUAUAUAAAACAAAAAAAUAAUACAAUGAAAGGUCUGUUAAUUUUCGACCAUCUCAACGAUGUCUUGUUUACAAAGUGUAAUAAAAAAUUUACUAAUCAUAUGGAAAGUUUGGCAAAAUUACAAGGAUUGAUAUCUGAAGAGGAUGAAAAUUCAAUGCUAUUGAGUGGAAAUAUUUUAAUGCAACUAUUUUCACCGAUAGUGACGUCCCAGCAAGUAAUGACAACACAGUUCGGUAAUUCGUAUUCAUCAAUGAAGUGUCAGGAUGGCACUAACAUGGUGUUUGAUGAUUUUAUGGGUUACACAUUUAUUUAUGUUGCUACGGAUGACACUGAGCUGAUGAAGAGAACUUUGGGAGUUUGUAUAACUAUUGUGGGUCAUAUUUGUGGGCCUGAUGUUGCUUUAUUAAAAACAAGCAAACAUAAAGCUCAGCUGGUCUCUUCUCUUCUAGACGCUUGGAAAGAGCUCCGCGAAGAAGAGCAAAGUCUCUUAACAGAAUCAGUGGAACAACUGUCCGUAAACGCAGACUUAGCAUCAUCAACCUUAAAAAUCCUUCGCGAUGCAGCCGAUAAGCUAAAAGCUCAGUCUGACUUUCCGAACGUGCACGUUCUAGUAUUAGUAGACCACAAAUUUCUCUCCUUAUACUCAACAAAAAACGCGCAGGACCUCAACGCAGCAGACAUUCUGCUGAUGGUCCUGCUGUGCAAAGUGAUUAGCGACAAUGAAAAGCCCGAGGGAGCAGAAGCUGCAGACUUGCUCUGGAGCCAGAGUAAUUCCUCCCCGGAAGAGCCGCUAAGCAUCGACAGCAAGCUGGCGAACCCCACGUCAGCUGACAUAAUGCACUUGUUCAACGACUCAAGAGAUUCUUCAGUGAAUGAAGGUCUUUGCUCGCUAGCCGAGGACGGUCUGUACAGCCAGCUAGUUUUGCUAGGCUCAGAGCAGACUCGGACGGCCAAUGUGGUUCAUAUAUUCCAACUGAGUCCAGGAAUAAAUUUACUGACCAUCAUGGAAGUGACCAACCAGGCGAUAUCUUCCGGACUUUACGAGAGCUUUUAUCACCUGAAUGUCGCGAGUUCUCUGCAAUCUCAAAGAGACUUUGACGAGCUGAGGCCGAGCUUCGAUUCAUUUGACUCUGCGAUUAAAAAAACUGUUGACGGGAUCAAGAAAUACCGAUCGCAUGUCAACAACGACGUGGACAUGUGCCAACGCAGGCUCCAAGUAAAGUGGGAGUUCUUAAGACGCAAGUACAUGGACUUCUUCAAGCAACGCGACUCGGAAUCUCUCCUGCAAAUAGAGUCAAACAUGCCGGGACUAAUUGACACCAUGAUAGAGCUACUCAGGCUGACUUGCUUCGACAGAAGUGUCUUAAAGCUCGGCUGCGAUGUUAUUGUAACUGUCAGCAGGCUAGUCCGCCAGAAAUUCAAUGACUUCAGUGACUUUCUUAAAGUCAAAGCGCUGAAAAAUUUCUCACUUGGAUCGAGAACUUCCCUAACAAUCAACAAAUAUCUUGAAGAGUUUCCCGGGCUGGUGCACUUUAUUUACAUCGAUCGCUCGACUCAUCGGCUCACGGCGCCCACGCUGGAUUUUACUAAUUUGGAGACUCUGGCGCUGACGAAGAAGAAAAUUUGGACGAUGAUUAAUCAGAGUAGGAAUCAUCUGCAGGAAGGACACUUUUCGGUUAUGUGGAAGGAUACUACUUUUAAUUACGCGUAUUUUCUUUGGUUUGAAGAUAGCUCUGGAUCUCCACUCAAAUGCAAGACUUACUUAAACCAACAAAUGAAAAGUUUACCAGUACCAGGAAUACUCUGCGGUGAUUACUACAAAAAAUUAUCGCAAAUUUACUUCCCAAAAGUGUCAUCAAAUAAAAUGAGGAUUUACGAACUCUACUGUGUUCAUCUUGGUCUGGCAACGUCCUCGUGUGUCCUCGAGCACUCGCGAAGACUCGCAGCGACCAUCUGGGAAAUUACCGGGCUUCCCAAUAACCCAGCUGAUAUUUUAUAAUGUGAUUUUUUAACUUAGAAAAAAAAAUUAUCCGAGUCAAUAAUUUUAUUUAAUAAUUUAAACAGUAUUUAUAAAAAAUAAUCAAUAUGAAGACUAAAUUAUUUUAUUUCAACGUAAGAAAUAUUUACAACAA